AUGGAGGCGCCGGCCCCCGCGCCCCGGGGUCGCAGUGCCCCCGACGACGCGUCGUGCGCGUCCAAGUCGCAGGCGUCCAUCGACCUCAGCGAGCUCUUCAACCCGAGCGCGCUGACGCGCCUCCUCAGGCAGCUGAACGACCAGAUCGACGGCCAGCGCGACCAGAUCGUGUUCCUCGAGGAGCAGUCCAUCGCCAACGCGGCCUUCCGGGAGAUGUGGGCCCAGGACCGCGCCGAGUUCCGCGCGGCCCUCGCCGUGGCGACGGAGGAGAACAACAAGAAGAUCAACGAGGCCAUCGGCGCGGCGGCCGCAUCCGUCUCCGACCUGAGGAAGACGUACAACGAGGAGCGCGCGUUCCGGCGCAUCUGCCACUUCGCGGCGCACCGCACGGAGAUCAUGCAGCGGGAGAAGUGGGAGACCUGGGCCCGCGCCUGCCGCGAGAUGCGGCUCUGGGACAAGCGGCGCGCCGUCUUGAUCCGCAUGGGCAACAUGAACGAGAAGCGGCACCAGACCUUCGGGAUGACGCGCUGGAGGGAGCAGACGGCGCGCGCGCGGGACGCGGCGACGAUGCACAACGGGGCGAACGCGCUCAUCGACGCGCUGUACGUCAAGCGGGCCGUGCGGCGGAGCUUCCGCCACUGGGUCGAGUGCGUCUUGCUGGAACAAAUUUCCGACGCGUUCGGCGGCGUCGAGAUCGUCACGUCGGCGCACCACGAGCAGGUGCUCUCCGUCGCCGAGGCGGCGGCGAAGCCCUACGUCGGCCGCGCGGCGGCGGCGGCGGCGGCGGGCAACUUCGGCGAGGCCUUCAAGCAGGCGCACCUCGGGACGAUGCAGGUCGUCAAGGUCAUGUCGUCCGAGCAGGACAUGGCGCGCCAGCGCGACCGCGAGGCCCUGGAGGGCGAGUGCGAGAACAUCCGCAAGGCCCUGGCCACCGUGUCCGCCGCGGCGGAGGAGAAGCGCGCCCUCGAGGCGAAGAAGGCCCUCGACCGCGGCAACGAGCGCUUGGACAAGCAGCUCGCGACGACGCGGCGCCAGAUCGACGGCAAGAUCACGGAGCGCAUCACGGAAGCGCUGGCGCAGGUGGAGGCGAACGCCGCGGGCCACGCGGAGCGCGCCGAGGCGCGCGCCAAGGCCGCGGACCAGCGCGUCGCGGCGAAGCUCCAGGCCGCGGACGACAGGGCCAUGGCCGCGGCGCACGACGUCGAGGCGCUCGUCCACGGCUGCGAGGCCCAGGUCGACGCCGUGGACGCGAAGGUGCUCGAGGUCAACGACUACGUCGCCUACGUGGAGCGGAGCCUGCGCACCGUCUACGAGGACCUGCGGAAGCACAACCUCUGGGAGACGAUGCGGCGGCGCGACGCGGACGACGCGGGGCAGGUCUUCGUGAGGGCCGCGUUGGGUCUCACGGUGCAGGCGGCGACGCGGCGCGACAACGACGAGAACCUCGCCUUCAUGGCCGAGGUGCGCGCGGCCGAGGAUUCGCUGGCGCGGUUGAUGGGCCAGUCGGCCAAGCAGAUGUCGCGCGCGCAGACGCUGGUCUCCGAGGCGAAGCGGAACCUCGCCGUCGAGCAGCAGAUCCGCGGCGUCUACGAGGACGCGGCGCCGAGCUCGCCCGGGUCCGUGCCGCAGAACGUGCACCACCACCACCACCACCCGGCCCAGAAGCACUUCCACAAGGCGCCCAGCGUCCAAUGGUACGACUCCGAGACGCGCGCGUACCGGUCGCGGAACCACGGCCCGGAAGACCGCGACGACCCCCACUGCGAGCCGCCGCCGCGCAUCGCCAUCGACUCGCCGCCGCCGGGCGGCUACCGGGGCGCCGAGGCCACGGAGUCGCCGGACGUGCUCGCGGCCGGCUGGGCGCCCGCGGCCGAGGGCUUCGCGUCGCCGUCCCCGCAGGCGCCGCGCGUCGUCGACGCCGCCGAGGCGGCGCUGUCCAUCUUCGACCAGGUCAUCGCCGACGCGCCCACGCUGCUGGGCCGGUCCAAGGCGCUGCCGUCCUGCGUCGCGUGCAACCGGCCGCUCCCCACAAAGGCCCGGCGGCCGGCGCCGCCGAAGCGCGACGAGCGGCCCGCGCCGGAGCCGCCCGCCGGCGUCGAGAAGCUGCUCGCGUCCAAGGGGCCCGACGUGCCCCGGCCCCUGACCGCGCCGCCCGGCUCGAAGCGCGAGGAGGAGCGGAAGCCCGUCAUGUCCGCGAGCGAGCGCGCGCUGAAGAUUCUGCACGCGCACCUCCCGCAGACGCAGACCUACGGCGCGGCGGAGGUCGACAACAACUCGACGAACGACCAGUCGUCCUACUCGCGGAAUAGCGGCCCCCAGUACUACGACGACGCCGUACGCACGUACGACCACCGCGUCGGCGACAACACGGCGGCCUUCCUCGAGCAGCGCGCCCUCCACGACGCCGAGCAGGCGCGGCGCGCGUCCUCGAAGCAGGCCAGGGCCCAGGCGAAACUCGACGCGGGCGCGCUCGACCCGUCGAACGCGCCCGCGUACCAGCGGGGCUUCCGCGCGACGAAGCGCCUCCCGGGCAAGGCCCAGCGGCCCCAGUCCGCGCCGCGCUCGGGCCGCGCCCUGCCCUAA